ACAUAUUCCCACGGUCCCAGCUUGUCCAAACGGACAAUAUUUCCUCUGUAGAAACACGUCAGGACGACGGCGUCGGUGCUGCCUUCAUUAUUCCUGGAUUUUUUCUCUGUUCUUUGGUGGUAAAAUUGGGGUAAAUUGGACCCCUAGACGUCCAUCGGUGAUAAGGGUGACCCUAUAAAUCCAUUCUGUUUCGCUUCCUGCCUCUUGCCUACGACCACCAAAUGAUUUCUCCGGACAGUGCAGGAUGGCUGGCCCCAUACAUCGCCCCGUUUGUAGCUCUCUCCUAUCCAACCGAUACCCCAUCAAACGUAGAUUCUUUCCCGGACGCUGCCUACUACCAAACGGGACCAAAAGAUUUGUGUUUAAUCGUAACAUGUAUUGCUGUAAUGGCCGUUGUUCGUGACGCGUUGAGGCUCGUUGUGUGCGAGCCCUUCGCGCGGUGGAAGCUGACGACGGCUUACGAGGCGCGGUGGUCGCGAAUGACCAACGGCACUGUACGCACCAAGGCGAACGGGGUUGCCAACGGCAAUGGCAAUGGUCAUUCUAUACCGCGUUCGCGCAAGAGGGAUAUGCGAAAAAUUCAUCGAAGCGUGAUGCGAUUCGCGGAACAAGGAUAUCAGGCAGUUUAUUAUACCCUGAUGUGGUCUUUUGGUUUCUACGUUCACCUUAAUCUGCCAACCACUGUCUUAAACCCGACCGAGGUCUGGAAUGGUUAUCCUCACAUGCCCCUCGCUGGACCUUUGAAGAUCUACUAUCUAACCGAAACUGCGUUCUACCUACACCAAAUGCUCGUCCUCAAUGCAGAGGCCAAGAGAAAGGAUCACUGGCAAAUGAUGGCCCACCACUUUAUCACCGUUUUUCUCAUGGGUACCAGCUACUACUACAAUUUCACUCGCGUUGGUUGCUUGAUCAUGGUUCUGAUGGACUUCUGUGACAUCUUCCUCCCUAUGGCCAAAAUGCUCCGCUACCUGGAAGUCACACAGGUUGUUUGUGAUACGCUUUUCGCCUGGUUCAUGCUUUCAUGGUUCGUUACGCGCCACGUACUAUUCAACUUUGUUAUCAGGUCAUCACUUUACGACCUUCCACGACUUAUUCCGUCCCAAUGGCACCCACAGUCAGGGCACUUCGUAACCAGUGGAUCCUAUGUCAUGUUUAACGUGUGUCUGUGCGCAUUGCAGAUCUUACAAAUAAUAUGGUUUGUGACCAUCUCCCGGGUGGCCUGGGGUGUGGUGUCGGGUAAAGGCGCCUCUGACAGUCGGAGUGACGAUGAAGACGAUGGCGACAUGGACACUGAAAAUGAUAAGGACAAGUAGCCUUAGAUCAGAAUCAGUGUGUUGCGGGGCAACUUGGUUUUCUGUGCGCCAUCUUUACAACAGAGGAUAUUGCUUCCUUGUGUGACAAGUUCGGAUUGAAUGUGACUGUCAGAAAAAAAACCGCAAAAACGCGUAGUCAGCGAAACUGGACCAGAUUCAACGAGUUUGCAAUGUCCGG